AUGACCUCGCCGUCUGCCUCCAUGAUGGUCGAUACCAACGGAUCGGGGCCCUCUGUCGAUGGCCAGGAGUCUUCCGACCGUCCUGCGUCCCCUGUGCUCAAGGAGGAAGGUCACCAUGAUUUCCCUAAAUUAUCCCACUCUCUCGACGACGGCUCCGUUUCCCCGCGGGCGCCCAAGAAGCGUCGUCUCGAAAGCGAACCGGCCGAGAACGUCACUCAACCUCAAGAACAACCCCCGGAACAGGAACAACCCCAGGAACAACAACACCAUCACCAAGAGCAACAGUCACACCUCCUUUCGGGUGCUGGCGAUCAAAUCGAAGAAGAGCUGGCUUCCGCGCUUGGUGCAGGCGUUGUCGACUCGGUGGAGCCUACCGACAACAAGAAUGGACAUAUUGAGCACGCUGGCGAAAGCGGCGAAAGCCCAGUGACCCAAGAGCAAAACGCCAAUAUUGAUUCGGACGUCGCCACCGUGAUUUCAAAUAUCAUGAAUCAUUCAGAGCGUGUGGAGGAACAAGUUGCGAUGGGCCCGCAGCAGUUGCCAGAUCUUUCAGGUCAAGGUGCCCCCAAAGGGAUGGUUUUUGUCAAGGCCAACUCACAUCUAAAGAUCCAGAGUCUCCCGAUUUUGGACAAUCUGUCCACGCAAAUCCUCUCCCUCUUAGCCAAAUCAACUUAUCAAGAUAUCACCUCCUUUGUGUCAGAACCGGAUUCGGAGAAUGGACAGGCAUACGCCACGAUGCGAUCCCUCUUCGACCACACGAAAAAGGUUUACUCGUCCAAGGUGUCGUUUCUAUCGCCGACCGACCUUGAGCUCACGGAGUCCGCCCAAGUCGACAUUAUCCGAAAAGCAAAUCUGGCCUCAUUCGUUUCGAGCAUAUUCGGCACCCAGGAGAUUGGGUUCUCCGAGCUGAACGACAACUUUCUUGAUGUAUUUGUUCCAGAAGGUGGUCGGCUUCUCAAACAACAGGGCGCGCUCUUCCUCGAGCUCAAGACCCAAGCGUUCAUCGCGUCGAUGAAUAACACGGAGCGUACACGCACCGAGUUGCUGUAUAUUCUCUUCCCCGAUAACCUGGAGCAGCAGCUUCUUGACAGACGACCCGGGACACGUCAGCUAGCUCCGAGCGAAACCGAUUUUGUUAACCGCGCCGGAUCGCGUCGUGAUAUUCUGCUGGGCGAUAUCAACAACGAGGAAGCCAUGAAGGCAUUGCCGGACAAAUACCAUUGGGAGGAUUUUCUCCGGGAUCUCAGCUCGUACAUUACGAAAAAUUUCGAUACGAUCAAUAACCAGCAGGUCACAAAAGGACGGCAACCAUCUUCCUCAAAUGGCGAUUCCGAGCCGCCCAGCGCUCCCCUUCAAAGCCAAUUUCCUGUUUCCUCCCAAGCGCCAGAGGUCCCAGUUGACAAGAACAUGCACGGUGACCUGGUUGCGCGUGCAGCUCGCGCAGCACAAAUUGCACUGCAGGGUCACGGGCUGAGGCGCUCACAACAACAGGCCCAGCAGCAGCAACAACAGCAGCAACAGCAGGCCCAACAACAACAGAAGCAACAGCAGCAAUAUCAACAGCAGCAGCAGCAGCAGCAGCAGGCCCAGCAACAACAGCAACAACAGGCCCAGCAACAGCAGCAGCAGCAGACAUCUCAACAACAACAGCAACAAGGAAUCCAAAUCCUCCAAGGGUAUACCCCUGCACAACAACAGUAUCAGUCCAGUCCGACUCCCUCAGGUUACCAGCAGUCGCCCGGGACGUAUACUUUCCAGCAGAGCCCGAUGCAAAACAAUUUCCAGCAGUACAACCACCCCUCGCCGUCCCCUAUACCAGGUCGGCCCAACUCGUCCACCGCCAACCACGGCUACAUGCCAGGCAUCCCCCACUACUCUCAAUCACAGCCCACACAGGUUCUCUACGAGCGUGCGCGGAUGGCUGCGUCCGCAAAAUCCUCACCCAGCAGUCGCAAGUCCGGUCUACCGAGUCAACGGCGGCCCUGGACCACAGAAGAGGAGAAUGCCCUUAUGGCGGGGCUCGAUCGGGUCAAGGGGCCUCAUUGGAGUCAGAUCCUUGCCAUGUUCGGCCCAGGCGGCACAAUUAGCGAAGCGCUCAAGGACCGCAAUCAGGUACAGCUCAAGGAUAAAGCUCGUAAUCUGAAGCUUUUCUUCCUCAAGAGCGGGAUUGAGGUGCCUUACUAUCUGAAGUUUGUCACGGGAGAGCUGAAAACACGUGCUCCCGCGCAGGCGGCAAAACGCGAGGCCCGUGAGCGACAGAAGAAGCAGGGCGAGGAGGACAAGGCCCAUGUCGAAGGAAUUAAGGGGAUGAUGGCGCUGGCGGGGGCUCAUCCCCAACAGGUUGCUCAUGGCCAUGAGAGCAUGUCGGCAUCACCGCUACCCCCGGAUCCAAACUUUGAUCAGACGGCGGAGCAGAAUCUGAUGCAGACACUGGGGAAGGAAGUGCAUGGCGAGCAAUUUGGACAGCAGCAGCAGCAUCAUCACCAUCCUGAGAAUAUGCACAUGGGGCAGUGA